ACCCACAUCAGGUCCGUUAGGGUGCAGCCAGAAGCAGACCUGGAAGAGAUUAAAUCAGCUUACCUGCGGCUAUCCAAAGAGUACCAUCCAGACACAACAUCACUCCCUUUGAAAGCUGCUUCAGAAAAGUUCAUGAGGCUGAGAACAAUCUAUGCUGCCCUUUGCGACCCCGAGACACGUAGAUUCUAUGACUGGCCGCUUGCACAAGAGCCUAGUAGCAGGCAAGCUGAGAAGAUGAGGUUGAAGUUGGAGGAUCCCAGGGAGCUGGAUUUCACCAACUACAAAUCGGUUCCUGAUAUGGUUGAUCGACUUGGAGGGAUAAACUUGGAACUGAGCGAUCAGGGGAUGACGGCUCUUACAUUUGAUGCUCUUAUCCUUAUUUUUGCUCUUGGCAGCAUUGUUUCUGUGCUGGUGUUCAAGGAGCCAUAUAACUAG